UGUGAGCAGUGUGUUGCUGCAUUCGCUGUGUCUGCUGUAGCCUCGCAGUGGGAACGCACUGGGAAGCCAUUCAACCCAUUGCUUGGAGAGACCUAUGAACUGAUCAGAGAUGAUCUUGGAUUUAGACUUCUCUCAGAGCAAGUCAGCCAUCAUCCACCAAUCAGUGCUUUCUAUGCUGAAGGCUUAAAUAAUGAUUUUGUGUUUCAUGGAUCAAUUUAUCCUAAACUCAAAUUCUGGGGCAAGAGUGUGGAAGCAGAACCAAAAGGCACGAUGACUUUGGAGCUUCUUGAGCACAAUGAAGCCUACACAUGGACAAAUCCUACAUGCUGUGUGCAUAACAUUAUUGUGGGCAAACUUUGGAUCGAGCAGUAUGGAAACGUGGAAAUAACUAACCAUAAAACUGGUGAGAAAUGUGUGCUCAGCUUCAAGCCCUGUGGCCUCUUCGGGAAGGAGCUGCACAAAGUUGAAGGCUACAUUCAGGACAAAAGCAAAAAGAAACUCUGUGCAUUGUAUGGGAAGUGGACUGAGUGUUUGUACAGUGUUGACCCAGCUACAUUUGAAGCUUACAAGAAAAACGACAAGAAAAAUACAGAAGAGAAGAAAAGCAGUAAACAG